UCUAACGCGUGAGGCCGUAGAGGUUCUUGGGUAAGAUCGGUCUCCCGACGUUAGAGAACAGUUCACGAGUCUACAGCUUACAAGACGUAAAGUCAUGGCUGAAGAACAUGAAAUCUCUCCACUGGAAAAGAAGGUGGCAGAACAGAUUGAGUAUUAUUUUGGAGACCACAACCUUCCUCGAGACCGCUUCCUGAAGGAGCAGAUGCAGCUUGAUGAUGGCUGGGUUUCCCUUGAAACAAUGCUCAAAUUUAACAGGCUGAAGAGUUUGACCACAGAUGCCACAGUUAUUGUCAAGUCACUGCAGAAAUCUAAAACUGGUCUGCUGGAGAUCAGUGAGGACCAAAACAAAAUCCGACGGUGCUUGACCAAACCUCUCCCAGAGCUCAACGAUGAGUACAGGGAUGCCGUCAAACACAGGUCUAUAUACAUGAAAGGGUUCCCCUUGGAUACCACACUGGAUGAGGUGAAGGAAUGGCUGGCUGAGAAAGGAGCAGUGGAGAACAUUCACAUGCGCAAAGGCCCCCAGAAGACUUUUAAAGGCUCCAUCUUUGCUGUCUUGAACUCUGAAGAUGCAGCCAAGGCCUUUGUCAUGAGAGAUGAUGUCAAACAGUUCAAAGGAAAUGACAUGCUGGUUCUGAUGAGAGAGGACUAUUCUGCUAAGAAAGCAGAAGAGAAGAAGCAGUGUCGUGUGCAAUCCAAAGCAAAAGCAAAGAGUGAAAAAGAAGAGAAUCUGAGACAGUCUGAAGCAGAAGAGAUGAAAGCUCUGGUGGACCAAAGAGGCUGCGUGUUGAAGUUCUCUGGUGAGCUGGGUCAGACCUCUCGAGAGGAUUUCCACAGUCUCUUCUCUGAGCAUGCUCAGAUAAAAUGGAUCAACUUUAUCCGAGGAGCACAAGAGGGGACCAUACUGUUCCGCUCGAGUGCUGAAGAAGCCCUGCAGAAGGCCCGGGAGGCUGGCGGAGGCACUGAGCUGAAGGUGAAUGACCGGGAGGUUCAAUGGGAGGUGCUGGAGGGAGACGCAGAGAUGGAGAUGUUGAAGAAAAUCAUCGAGAGCCAGCAGGAGUCCCUCAACAAAAACAAAUUCAAAGGAGGGAAAGCAGUCUAUGCUGUUACAGGUGGUCAUAAGGGUCGCGGGCGAGGGCGUGGUGGCCGCAGGGACCGUGGUGGGAGAGACCAGUUGCGCUUCCAGGGCAAGAAAACCAAGUUCGACAGUGAUGAUGAGGAAGCUGGUGAGAGUGUUGAUGCAGAACCUGCUGCAUCAAAGAAACGAGCCCUGGACUCGAACGGGACGGACACCGAUGGGCCGGCCCCAAAGCAGGCAAAGGAGGAGACCUGCUAGACUCCCAUAGACCCCCGGCCUCCUCCUCUACUGUAAAUAAUCCUAAAACACGCAGAGAGCUCAGACGCUACCUCUGCCCCACACUGACCGCUCGCCUGAACCCUACCAGGACAGCCUGUGUAAAGAACGUCAUGGGGGGGGAUAUCCUCUGGAACAGGACCAGUGACUCUCACUCCUCCCAUGUGAACAGACUGCUCAGUAGUUAUUGAAUCCCUUGUUUAAACCAGUGUGUUUUAAUUCCAGUGUAUAUUUUGUGUUUUCAUGCAUAUCAGCUUCACCCAUCAGUUUCAGCAUCUUGGAGAGGCCAAGGUCUGUUCCACCUUGGUCAGACUAGGGGGAGGAGUCAAGGCCUGCUUCUGCCUGUGAGGUCAGGCCAGGGGGAGGAGCCAAUCUCAAAAUGUGCAUGUGGUUAAUUGUGUGCUGUGUCUGACCUGAAAAAUCCAUGAAUAUGUAGUCAAGGAUAAAGUUUUAUUUUUCUUAAAAAGAUAAAUGUUACUUAGCAAGGUGCAUCAGUUCAGAUUCAGAGGCCUUUUACAUUUUGGUUUUGGGUCAAUAUAAAGUGAUUGUGUUGGCUGUUUUGUCUCACUACUGUGAUGUUCUACAGUCAUGGUUUGGCUCAGGUGAAGGAUAUGAAUUAUUUUUUGAUUGUUUAGCUCCUCCCCCACCAUUGCGCAGUACCAUUUUAAUUCAGUUGGGUUUACAUGAAGUUCGCUGAGGAUUUCGACACAAGGCCACUCUGAUUUUCUUUUCUGCAAUGAUUUCAUAUGUGACUGAAUUUAGAUCGUUGUUUCAUACUUUCAAUAAAUUUUUUUUUUUAAAGGGAUGUCUUGAAGUUUUGACAAGUUGCUGAAACUGCACCGGGGCAGUUUGGCAGUGAGCAUAUCUGCACGCGCACGCGCGGUCUGUCCAGUAGAUGGCGACGUUGACUUGUUGCCUGAGUUACAAAUUAAAUGCCAUAAAGUCA